GCCAUUCGUCGCUGCUGAGCAGCCAAGUCCACUACCGCUACUGAUUUCGCUUCGAUACUUAACAGUCGAAGUCUAGAUCCUGACCUACUCUACCUCUACUACAUUCUACUAUUUCUACACCGUCCUCAAACUUUGACAUACUAUUUUCUUAGGCUCCAUAUUUCGUCUUACAGCAUCAAGAACUGUUUUGACUCUAGCUGACUUUGCUUGCUUUUCCACAACUUUGUCAAGUGACAACUUGUACUUUCGUGCCAUUGCGUUCGAGUAUUUGAAUUCAACUGCUUCCAUUCAUCUGAAAAUCCAUAGUUUACUUUGAUCUGGCUUGUUUCUCUCGAGUGUCCUUUUUACUUUGAUAGCACAAUCGUCUGCAUAUAAUGCACUCUUCUCAAUGUCAUUACCAAUAUUCUGCUGAUGGACAGAAGCUUUUACCUUCAAGGUCUGCUACAGCAGUCUAUCUUGGCAGUCCUGCUUACUCUUUGAACAAGGCCCAUCAAGAACCCACUGCCACUCCAAACUUGGUUCUUCCGGUAGCCACUGCCACUACUUGUAACCCCAAUCCUUCAAAUACUACUGCCACAUCAAUUCCGCCCUGCAAUGACAAUCGCCUGUUAUCACGUAGUUGCUCCACAUCUCUUGCUAAGCAGCCCGUGAUGCUUGAAAAACCAGACUAUUCACGGGCACUAGCUUCUCUGUGUACAUGCUUUAUGGGUCAUGUAUGGCCUUCUCCAUCUUUAGUAAAAUCAUCCACUGGCAUUACAAAUUACCCUGGCUAUCCUCAAGCUCCCAUGUCGCCUCCAGCAGAGCAACUGUCACCGGUUAAAUCAUCUCCAAUGCACAUGCAUUUACCAACUUCUCAAUUGGAUCAACCUUUACAAUCGAUUUCUCUAUCAUCCACUUCAUUCACCACGUUUGUUCAUCAGCUGGUUGCAAUUACCCGCGCUCCAGCCGAAACCAUUAUUGUCAGUCUAAAAUAUCUGUUCAUGCUACGCCAACGCUACCCUGGCAAUGUGGAAAAUGCUGGAGGCUCAGAGUAUCGCUUGUUUGUGACGGCACUGAUUCUUGCUCACAAGAUGAUGGAUGAUACGGUAUGCUCAUUGAAGGCUUGGUCCAAAAUCACUAGCAUAUCUGUUGCUGAACUUUCGCAAAUGGAGUUUGAAUUUAUAUCGGCAUUGAAUUUUGACCUGCACGUAUCUGCAGCUGGCUAUCAAACAUGGUGUUCCCAAUUGGAAUGCUUUUUGGCAAUUGCACGUAAAAACGAGGAGCAAUUGCUAGAACAGCAACAUUAUCGUUACCAACAGCUUUCCGCUGCCUCAACUUGCAAUGGCAUGACGCUGUCUGCUUGCGAGCUUAGUUCAUCGUGUAAAACUAGCCUUGUGCAAACAGCUGCUGGGUCUUAUUGUUUGCCUUAUUAGCUACAUUGAGCAGGAUGAAAAGAUGAAUUGCACUUUGUGAAAUAUGGAUCAUUCUGGAUUUCUUGUCACAAUCAAGCUCCAGCCAAUUUUUGUCAAAAUCUACUGGAAAGUCUAGCUUUAAACCGCUUAGACACAGAUGGAAUUGAGUAUUUCACCAGGCUUUGAUCUUGGCGUGAGACAUCACCUUUAAUACUACAUCUUUGUUUUUUGUCGCCGUGCCAUUUGCUUUUCUCCUUCUUUAUAUACUUUACAAAAAAUACUUUU